AUGGAUACUGCGGCGGCGGGGACGAGGCACACAUGCAAGAAGCUCGAGAUUUACACCCCUGCGAGCGAACCAGUCUUCGUCAAGGGAACGUGGUUCGAGGGUCGCUUCGACCUCUCCAUCACCGACGGCCUCCACUCUUGGGUCUGCCACGCUAGGGAAGAGGAUGCGAGAGAUAGAGCGGCGCAGUGGGUCAGCCAGUAUCCGAGUACAUCCAAUUGGCGGAGAAGCACCUGGGGUUUCAAAUCCCUGGCUCGGUCUAGAGGUUCGACGAUGCCGGCGAUGGCUGCAAACGAUUAUUGUUCAAGAAGUAUAUCGAGUAUGAGAAGUCUAUGGGCGACGAAUAGAAGAUUGAGGCGGUGA